AUGAUUAAUUAGAAGCUGUAUUUGAAUUUGCUUGAGAAAAUUGCUUAAAUUGGAACUUACCAAUUUGAAUUUGGUGGUUAAAACAUUGAAACUCCAAAGACUAUGGAAAAGAAUGUAAUAGAAGCUGAUCUGAAUACUAGAAAGACUUCGAGAGAAGUAUCUAUUAAAAGAAGAAAGCUGAGAACUCAAGUAUUAGAUGAAUUCCCAGGCUUAGUAAGAUAUGGUAAUAGAAAUGAAAUAAACUCUAAUUCCAUCGAAUAUCACACAACAUUUUAUAAAAUGAGGUAAGAGGAAGUUGAGAUACUUUAUGAAAUGCAGGAAAAAUUAGAAGAACUUGUCAAAGACUAUGAAAGAAAGUUAUAUAUUUCUAAUACCAAACAAGAAUCAUAGCCUAAUAAAACAUAUCUAUUUAAUUGCUUUGAAUUACUAGAAGCAAGGAGAAUAUUGAACUAAAAAAAGCUCAUUAAACUUACUAAAAAAAUUCUAUAGAAAAACAAUUUCCUGCAGUUUCAAGCACCAAAUUAAAAAGACAAUCAAAAACUUAGAGAAAUCUAGCUAUCAUACUGCACUCUUAUGGACAAAAGAAAGCAUCUCAUAUAUUUGUUCAUAUUAAAUACCAUCGAGUUUAGUCCUCUUCUGACAGAGUAUUACUCCCAGAAUAAGAACGAAAUACUAGAUAUGCUUUAUAUUAUCAAUAGCAAUAUAAAUUUUGAGGAAUUUGAUAUUUGGAGAGAUAUGAGAUGGCAAAGAUUGAGGCAUAAUUUUAUCAUGGAAAUUUUUAAUUUAUCUGGAGAUGGUUUCAAAGCUGGAGUCUUAUUUUUAGUUAUAUAUUUUGGUAUGAUAUUAAGUUAUUUAUUAUUUUUAGGUAUCGCUUUGGUAAUAGUUUUAUCAGAUAAAUAAAAUCAAAGAGAUGCUCUAGAAAAGGAGAGACAAGAGAUGGAAAAUAUGAAAAAUGUGGAGUUAAAUAAAUAAGUUAAACAAUAAGAUUGA